AAAAGAGAUCUUGUAAGAGGUUUGCAGGUAAAGCAGAGCAACAAAGCUCCAGCAAAGUGCAUAAGCUGUAUUACUGAGAAGGCUGUAAAACCUUCAUUUCCACGUUGUGCAGAACAAAGAAGCAACAAAGUGCUUGACAUAGUGCACACUGACAUAUGUGGACCCAUGAAUGUUCCCUCACUGGGAAAGAAUAGAUACAUUUUAAUAUUUCUGGAUGACUUUUCAAGAUUUUGUGUUGUAUAUUUCCUCAAAGAGAAGAGUGAGACAGUGGAGAAGCUCCAGGAAUACAUUGCCAUGGUCAAGAAUAAAUUCCAGAGAGCUCCAGCUGUGUUAAUGAGCGACAAUGGAGGUGAGUACUGCUCAAAUGAAAUGCAGGCUCUCCUGGCCAAGGAAGGAAUUGCACACGUAACCACAAUUCCUUACACACCACAGCAGAAUGCCAUAGCUGAAAGAAAGUUUAGGUCCAUUAUGGACAUGACAAGGUGCAUGCUAAAGGAUGCAUGUUUGCCACAGAAGCUGUGGGCCGAAGGAGUAUACACGUCGGUCUAUUUGCAGAAUAGACUGCCAACUAAAGGAGCAGAGCGCACACCAUUUGAACUUUGGCAUGGGAAAGCUCCCAAUCUGUCGCACAUACGUGUGUUUGGAAGUCCGUGUUACUUCCACGUGCCCAAGGAACACAGACACAAGCUUGACUCCAGGGCAAAAGCAGGUAUCCUUGUGGGAUAUGCUUCUGGAGGCAAAGGAUACAGAAUUAUGGACUUACAAACUGGUAAGACAAAUGCAUACCAUGCGGUUUAUGUUGAUGAAUAUGGAAAAGUAGACACUAAGAACACUGUUGUGGAUUCUUCAGAUGAGUCAGAAAGGACUCAAGAGUUUGUAUAUUUCCCUUUUGAGACCCCACAAAGUAAUUAUCUGCCUUCGAGUGUUACAGGCGAUGCACCAGAAGACGCAGAGGACCAGAACCCUGGCGGCACCAGAGACGAAGAUGAGGACUCAGAUGGGGACAUGCCUGCGUUGGAGGAGGAUGAGGAAGCUGAUGCGGUCGCAGAACCAGAGGUCAGGCGCUCAUCCAGAACCAACAAAGGUGUCCCACCAUUACGGCUGUCCUACUUUGCAGGGUCGGCGUUUCCACAGGAACCUUCCACUUGGGAAGAGAUACAGGAGAUGCCAGCUGCAGAAGCCAGUCUCUGGAGGAAGGCCGCGCAGGAGGAGAUGGAUGCACUGCAUCAGAACAAGACCUGGACACUCACUGAGCUGCCUCCCGGUAAGAAGGCCAUUGGCAGUAAAUGGGUUUUCAAGGUUAAGAAGGGGUCAGAAGGAGAAGUGCAGCGCUACAAAGCUAGACUUGUAGCACAGGGAUUUUCACAGCGUUUUGGUGAAGACUAUGAUGAAGUUUUUGCACCAACUGUGAGGUACAGCAGCGUAAGAAUGCUUUUAAGCAUUGCAGCCUCCAAGAAAAUGAGAGUAAAACACAUUGACAUUGCUACCGCUUUUCUACAUGGGCAGAUUUCUGAGGAAAUUUAUAUGAAACAGCCUAAAGGUUUUGUAAAACCACAUGAAGCACAUUUAGUGUGCAAACUCCAGAAAGGACUUUAUGGACUUAAACAGGCUGCCAGAGCCUGGAACCAGAAGUUGCAUAAAAUGCUGACGCAACUUGGGUACAAGCAAGGCGACGCUGACAAAUGCUUGUACAGUAAGUCAAAUAAUGGACAAUUCUCAUAUAUCUUAGCUUUUGUUGAUGACCUGAUUAUUGCCACAGCAAGUGAGAGAGACUAUACACAGAUAGUAAAACACCUUAGCAAAGAGGUGGAGGUCAAGGAGCUAGGAGAUGUCCAGUACUACCUCGGGAUCCAGGUGGAAAGAGAAGAGGACGGCUCAUUUCUUCUCAGCCAAAGACAGAAGAUCCACGAGCUAGUUGAGCACAUGCAGAUGCAAGACGCACAUCCAGUUGCUACACCGAUGGCUACUGACUUCCUGAAGAAUCAGCAGGAUUCGAAGCAGUUGCCAGACAACAAUGACUACAGGUCGGCGAUUGGUAAACUUUUGUAUUUAGUUACCACAUGUAGACCUGACUUAGCUAAUGCUGUGGGGAUUCUUAGCAGAAAAGUGAAUUCUCCCACUGAGCAUGAUUGGGCAGGUGUAAAGAGGGUGGUGCGAUAUUUGAAGGGUACCAUGAAUUGUAAAUUAAGGUUACCAGCCGUCAGAGACCCUAAGUUGGUUGGGUAUACUGAUGCGGAUUGGGCUGGGGAUAAUGCUGAUUAUAAAUCAACAAGUGGUCAUGUUUUCAUGUUUGGGGAUGGACCUGUUGCAUGGGGCAGUUAUAAACAGAGCUGUGUAGCAUUAUCUUCCACAGAAUCAGAAUACGUUGCAGCAACAGAAGCCUGCAGAGAGAUCGCCUGGCUUGAUCAACUCAUAAAGGACUUUGGGUUGGUGAGAAAAGGGCCUGUCAGCUUGCUAGAGGACAAUCAAAGUUGCCUGAAGCUGACGCAGAGUGAGAAGUUCCUGGCCAGAACAAAACACAUUGGGGUUAAAUACCACUACAUACGCCAGAUGAUCCAGGAUGGACUUGUGGAGCUAUCCUACUGCAGCACCCAAGAGAUGACUGCUGACAUCCUGACGAAACCCCUACCAAGAAUCUACGUGUCAAGCUGGGACUCUGGGUGGUUGAAUAAAGUUGUUUAUGUUUUGUAUAUGUUGUAUUGCCUGAGAAGGGGUAUGUGGGAUGUAAACACAGGAGCAGUCAAUGACAACAUUCCUAGAGUGUACAUGUUAGAACAUGGGGAGGGAUGUCUGUCCAGCAAGCAGGUAAACUUCCUGGGGACGGACUUCCUCCGCAUGUGACCAGAGGUGGGUGUGGCCUCACCUGUGCAGGUAAUGACAAAAGCACAGGGCAGGCAGCCACUCUCUCUCUCUGCCAUUUUCCUUCGAUGAGGAAGCAUCUAAAGAUGCUCUCUUGGCUCUCAGCCAAGAGAGGAGGAAAGGACUAUCUUGCUAUAAGAUAGAUUCUGAAUGUAUAUAACCUUUUAAGCCUGUCUGCCUUCUGGGAUCAUAUUGUGAACAGAACGUGAGUAAACUCUUUUAAACUUUUAUAAAGACUGUGUCGUGUCUUGUAUUUUAAGAGGGAACAAAGGGGAAAUUACCAGGGUAAUUAUUAUAGAGGUUCUAGCGAACCUGUGCACACGUUACCGUUGCGAACUUAAAGGGGAAUGUUUAUAAACUCUGCUGAUAUUUUGGGAACUUGUUAGCACAAGUUGGAUAAGGAUAUAAUUAGUCAAUAUAUCCUCUCCUGCACCCCAGAACAUUCCCACAAGAGGUAGUCCUAUACAUAAGGUGUUGCAAUAAUUGAACAUAGAGGUAGCCAGAGUAUAGACAAUGGAAAUAAGGCUAUCGCUGUCCAGAUCGGAGUGCAGCUGGGCUGCCAGCCAAAGCUGAUUGAGGGCACUACAGGCCACCAAGGCUGCCAGAAAUACCCCCAAACUACAUACCCACUUCAUCACAAUCCAUCUAGUCUAGGGAACCACGCACCAACAGUACCUCAGACUUAUCUGGAUUGAUCAUCAGCUUGUUGGCUCUUGCAAAGUCAUCUAAUCUUUGUUUUUUGUUUUUAUAUUGGUUUCCAUUUCUCACUGUCCACAGAGAAAAUUCCUAUAUUCAAACUGUUUUUGAUCUUGGGUUCCUGGUUUAUCAGAGACUGAAAACACCAUUGCAUCACAAUGAUCUCAUUUACUGGUUGAGCUCCAAAGGGCGUCAGUUUUACAAAGCUUGCAAAAUAGCCCACCAUCACACAGGUAUGUAUUUUUUACUUCCUGGCAACAACUUUUUCUUCCUACUCCCCCUCCUCCUCUUCUUCUUCUGAGCUAAUAUAUAAUUUUAUUUCCUAAUAAAAAAAUUCAAAAUAAAAGAAGAUAUUGUUUCAGUACCAUUAGGAAAAUUAAAAAUUGUAAGUGUUGGUAUGAUGCACUUGAAAAGCAAGACAAUUUUUUAAAAAAUUAAUUUAACAAUGGUCUUAUUAUAAUAGAGAGACUAGAAAUGAAAAAGGUUGAAGCAAAACUAAGAAAACACAUAACUGCCUCCUCCUUUCCAACUUAACUUCUUCUCUAGUUAUGUGCUCAAUCAUUUAUAUAAGGAGAAAGGACUUUCUAUUUAUAAGAAGUAAAAUUUUAUAAAGGAAAUCAACCAGCACCUUGGCAUUAUAUUUACCUCCCUAUCAAUUCUUCUCAUACUUCCUAAUAACAUGAAUUCUCUUUCUGGAACCCUAAAAUCUGAUCAUUUGUCUAACAUAAUGAAUAUAUCUUUCUUAUACUUCUGAGAAUUUUCUAUGAAAUUCAACAAUUUCUCUCUGUCCCCAGAGAAAUAUUUCAUUGUCCUUUUCCCACAUCAUUCCUGUUCAGGAUUUCUCCCUGGAUUUCUGGAGAUCAUGUAACCUUUACUGAAUUGUUAAAUGUCCAAAAGACCCUGAGGAAACCUGGGUGUGUGGGUGUGGGUGUGGGUGUGUGAAAGGGCAGACUUUGCAUCUGGAUUCUCAUCUUCCCUAUAUCCUGGGACCUCUUCUCCUUUUUAGCUUUCUCCUAUGUGAAGCUUUAAUCCCAACAUGAUAACUCUCUCUAAGAACAUAGGAAUAGCCUGCUGGAUCAGGCCAAUAGCCCAUUCUAGUGCAGCAUCCUUUCUCACAGUGGUCAACUAGAUGCGGUGGGAACCUAGGAAGCAGAACCUAAACACAAAAGAACUUCCCCCUCCUGUGGUUCCCAGAAACCAGCAUUUGGAAGCCUUAAUGCUCCCAACUGUGGACUGAAAUUUGACUGAAAACUUUUAGCUCUUUAAGCUACUGAUCAUUCUAAGCUUCUCUUUCAGAGCUCAGCUAAUAAAAGUAUUUGUUACCUCUAAGCAUAACACAAUCUAAAUAUAUUUGCUUGCCUCUUAUGGAUAGCUUUAUUCAUUUCAUACUGUAUGUUUUCAAUGCAGAGAAGGUAAUAAGAGAGAGGAAGGAUUCCUCAAGAAUGAGGAAAGAGCUUGAAAAGAUUCUGAAGAAGAGGCAUUUGGACUUCCUGGAUAUUCUUCUUUGCGCAAAGGUGGACAUUGUAGAAAUAAUGCACCUAUGCCUGCCAUGCUAUAUUGCUAAGGGCUUUUCCAGCCAUCACUAACCUUCUUUGAAAGGUUUGAUGUGAGCUGGGAGAGGGAGGAGGGCCUUGGAGAACUUUAAAUAUUGGAUCUCACCAAUCCUAUAAAACACUAUUUUCCCUGUGUGGUUAGGAUGAAAAUGGAAAUCCAUUGUCAGAUGAAGACAUACGUGCAGAAGUGGACACAUUCAUGUUCGAAGGUCAUGAUACCACAGCUAGUGGAAUCUCUUGGCUCUUUUAUUGUAUGGGCCCAGAACCCUGAACAUCA